AGACUUGCAGAUUAAGUGAAAUGUUUUCAGAGUAUGAUUAUGACCUUGAUGAAGACAAACUUGGAAUUCCAACUGUCCCUGGCACAGUGAUCCUGAAGAAAGACUCACAGAAUGUUAUUGGGAUUAGCAUAGGCGGAGGAGCCCAGCACUGUCCUUGCCUUUACAUUGUGCAGGUGUUUGACAAUACUCCUGCUGCACUAGAUGGGACCAUUGCAGCUGGAGAUGAAAUCACUGGGGUGAAUGGAAAGUCUGUGAAAGGCAAAACAAAAGUAGAGGUGGCAAAAAUGAUCCAAAAUGUUAAGGGGGAAGUAACCAUUCACUACAACAAGCUUCAAGCUGACCCUAAGCAGGGGAAGUCUUUGGAUAUUGUUCUGAAAAAGGUGAAGCAUCGCCUGGUGGAGAACAUGAGCUCAGGCACUGCUGAUGCCCUUGGUUUAAGUCGUGCCAUCCUGUGCAAUGAUGGUUUGGUAAAAAAACUGGAAGAAUUGGAGAAAACAUCAGAAUUUUAUAAAGGCAUGAUGGAACAUACCAAACGCCUGUUGCGAGCAUUUUUUGAACUCUCACAAACGCAUAGAGCAUUUGGUGAUGUAUUUUCCAUCAUUGGAGUUCGAGAACCUCAACCUGCAGCAAGUGAAGCUUUUGUUAUGUUUGCUGAUGCACACCGUAGCAUUGAAAAGUUUGGUAUUAACCUCUUGAAGACAAUAAAACCAAUGCUGAAUGACUUAAAUACCUACCUUAACAAAGCCAUUCCCGACACCAAAUUAACAAUCCGGAAGUACCUUGAUGUAAAGUUUGAGUACUUGUCAUACUGCUUGAAAGUAAAAGAGAUGGAUGAUGAGGAAUACAGCAGCAUA